UGGCGUGGGCGGAUGCUCUCCCCAUUGGCUGGACGCUGCGAGGCGGGCACGCUUCCCAUUGGUCGAGCGCCGCGGGGAGCGGCGGCGCCGCGGGCGCUGAUUGGCGGCUGGGCGCGCAGGGGCGGUGAGCACGGUCAGCAUGGCGGCGCCGGCGCGCCGGAGCGUCGUGUUCGUGACAGGCAACGCCAAGAAACUGGAGGAGGUCACGCAGAUCCUCGGGGACUCCUCUCCCUACACGCUGGUGGCGAAGAAAAUUGACCUGCCCGAGUACCAGGGGGAGCCUGACGAGAUCUCGGCGCAGAAGUGCCGCGAAGCCGCCCGGCAGGUUCAGGGACCUGUUAUAGUAGAGGACACCUGCUUGUGCUUCAAUGCCCUGGGGGGCCUUCCAGGACCCUACAUAAAAUGGUUCCUGGAGAAACUCAAGCCAGAAGGCCUGUACAAGCUGCUGGCUGGCUUCGAGGACAAGUCUGCCUACGCGCUGUGCACCUUCGCCUUCAGCAGCGGCAACCCCGAGGAGCCGGUGCGGCUCUUCAAAGGCCAGACCCACGGGCUGAUAGUGGAGCCCAGAGGCCCUCGGGAUUUUGGCUGGGAUCCCUGCUUCCAGCCGGAUGGGUACACCCAGACCUACGCUGAAAUGCCCAAGGCAGUGAAGAACUCCAUCUCACACCGGUACAGGGCGCUGAGCGAGCUCUCAGCCUUCUUUCUUCAGAGCGACUCGACAGAGCCCCGCCCCGCUCCCAGCUAGCAGCCGAGCACACGGAAUUACCGGGGUCGGGAAGCACCUCUGGAGAUCACCGAGUCCAACCCACUGCCACGGCGGGUGUGUGCGUGUCACACGCAGCCCCGACAGACUCCCUCCGCUGCGGGAUGCCAUUAAAGCUGCUCCUUUUGAACCCA